AUGGUGAGGUGCAGCAGAGUUCUGAGAGCGUCGCUCCAAUUGUCCAGAGGCGGCUGGGCGGCGCCAAAAAGGACCAGCAACAGCACCGCUCAACUAUACGCCCCGCUCGUGCAAAGGCUGUAUUCGACCGACGGGCCCAAGCCGAAUCGCGGCGGCUCCAAGGUGUUCAAGUCGGCAGAUGAAGCUGUCGCCGAUCUCAAAGAUGGCUCAGUCAUUUUGAGUGCCGGAUUCGGUCUUUGUGGUGUAGCCGAAACACUCAUUGAAGCGAUACACAAAAAGGGACUCAAGAACCUCACAGCAGUCUCGAAUAAUGCCGGCGCCGGCGACAAGGGCCUCGCCAAAUUGACUGGCGACGGUCGGAUAAACCGCAUGAUCAUGUCCUACCUCGGCAGCAACAAGGAGCUGGAGCGGCAGUACCUCAGCGGCGAGGUUGCAGUCGAGCUGUGUCCACAGGGUACCUUGGCCGAGAGGCUGCGCGCGGCCGGUGCUGGUAUUCCGGCUUUCUACACCUCGACUGGUGGCAGGACGUUCAUCGAGUCGGGAGAAAUUCCAUUGAGAUUUACGCCAGAGGAUGGCAUUAUAGAAAAGGGUAUCCCGAAAGAGUCGAGGAUAUUCAAUGGAAAGUCGUACAUUAUGGAAAAGGCCCUGCCGGGCGACGUUGCCAUUCUGCGCGCAUGGAAGGUUGACGAGGCGGGCAACUGUGUCUUCAAAUACACCACACGAACAUACGCUCCGCUCAUGGCCAAGGCCGCCAAGAUUGCCAUUGUCGAAGCCGAGGAGAUUGUGCCCGUCGGUACCCUGGACCCGCAAAACGUGCACCUCCCCGGCAUCUUUAUCGACCGGAUCGUGCCAGCGACGGCGCCCAAGCAGAUUGAAAACCUGAAACUGGCGCCGUCCAAGGACCCGGCCAAGACGAGCGCGCCCAACGCCCGCAACACCAUUGCCCGACGGGCCGCCAAGGAGCUCAAGGACGGCUACUUUGUCAACCUGGGCGUGGGCAUCCCGACCCUGGCCGCGUCGUACGUCCCCGACGGCGUCAAGGUCUGGCUGCAGUCCGAGAACGGCAUCCUGGGCAUGGGCCCCUACCCGGCGACAGAGGCCGACGUGGACCCGGACCUGAUCAACGCCGGCAAGGAGACGACGACGCUCCUGCCCGGCGCGUCCGUCUUUGACUCGGCCGAGUCGUUUGGCAUGAUCCGCGGCGGCCACGUCGACGUGUCCAUCCUGGGCGCCUUCCAGGUCUCGGCCUCGGGCGACCUGGCCAACUACAUGAUCCCCGGAAAGGUCUUCAAGGGCAUGGGCGGCGCCAUGGACCUCGUGUCCAACCCCGAGCAGACCAAGAUUGUCGUCGCCACCGAGCACGUGGACAAGAAGGGCCGCAGCAAGAUUGUCCAGGACUGCAAGCUGCCCCUGACAGGCAAGGGCGUCGUCAGCACCAUUAUUACCGAUCUGGCCGUCUUCCAGGUCGACCGCGCCAAGGGAGGGCUGACCCUGACCGAGAUUGCCGAGGGCGUGGAUCUCGAGACGGUCAAGAAGAACACGGAUGCCGAGUUUACUGUUGCCGAGCCCCUUGGUACUUUUUAA